GCGCUGCCGCGGGCGGAGGAUCCGGGCCGCGCUUCCUCUCGCCAGGCCUGCGAGCUUCCUCCCAGCGGAGCCCAGGGCGAGCCGAGCUUGGCCGCCGCCACUGAGACCACCGUCGCCCUCUAGCUCUCGCCCCACCCCGCAGCCUGCCCGGAGGUCUUGCCGGGGUGGGGUCCGAGCGGGGCGAUCGCCCGGCCGCGCCGCCGUCGGGGCCAUCCCCCGGACAGCGGUCCCUCCCGCCCCAGCCAGCCUGUGGCCGCCGGAGCCUCCGGGACGUGGAACGCGGGGACCCCCUGCGGCCCCGAUCCAGGGUCCGGGGCAGCCCGGGGCAGCCGGCGCGACGUCCCAAAAUCGAACCUCUGUGGCGGCUUUCGGAAGCGGAACUCUACCGGGGCCGCGCCGGCUACAUUGUUUCCUCCCCCCGACUCCCUCCCGCCCCCCUUCCCCCGCCUUUCUUCCCUCCCCGACCCGGGCCGCGAGGCCGUCCCCCUGCCUCUGUCUGGCCGUCCCUCCUCCCCCUCCUUUCGCACCCAGACCUCUUUGUACCGCACCACCCGGGGACCCCUGCGCCCCUCCCCUCCCCCCUGGCCGCAUGGACUGCCCCGCAGGCCGCUGAUGCUGCCCGCAGCGAGGUGGCCCGGACCGCAGUGCCCCGAGAGAGCUCUCAUGGUACCAAGUGACAGGUUGGCCUUCCUGUGACACGGGGAUACCAGAUCUUCUGAGAAGAUGUCGGCAAUUCAGGUGGGUGGGGCCCCAGGCUUCUCCGCCCACGUGUCGCCUGCCCUGCAGGCUGCCUGGCCAUCCGGUACAGAAUGUAUUGCCAAGUACAACUUUCACGGCACUGCUGAGCAGGACCUUCCCUUCUGCAAAGGAGACGUGCUCACCAUUGUAGCUGUCACCAAGGACCCCAACUGGUACAAAGCCAAGAACAAGGUGGGCCGUGAGGGCAUCAUCCCAGCCAACUAUGUCCAGAAGCGGGAGGGCGUGAAGGCAGGCACCAAGCUCAGCCUCAUGCCCUGGUUCCAUGGCAAGAUCACGCGGGAGCAGGCAGAGCGGCUCCUGUGCCCACCAGAGACAGGCCUGUUCCUGGUGCGGGAGAGCACCAACUACCCCGGGGACUACACUCUGUGCGUGAGCUGCGACGGCAAGGUGGAGCACUACCGCAUCAUAUACCACGCCAGCAAGCUUAGCAUCGACGAGGAGGUGUACUUCGAGAACCUCAUGCAGCUGGUGGAGCACUACACCUCAGACGCAGAUGGACUCUGUACUCGCCUCAUCAAGCCAAAGGUCAUGGAGGGCACCGUGGCGGCCCAGGAUGAGUUCUUCCGCAGCGGCUGGGCGCUGAACAUGAAGGACCUGAAGCUGCUGCAGACCAUUGGGAAGGGGGAGUUUGGAGACGUGAUGCUAGGUGACUACCGAGGGAACAAAGUCGCCGUCAAGUGCAUUAAGAACGACGCCACUGCCCAGGCCUUCCUGGCUGAAGCCUCGGUCAUGACGCAACUUCGGCAUAGCAACCUGGUACAGCUUCUGGGCGUGAUCGUAGAGGAGAAAGGUGGGCUCUACAUCGUCACCGAGUACAUGGCCAAGGGGAGUCUGGUGGACUACCUGCGGUCUCGGGGUCGGUCGGUGCUGGGCGGAGACUGUCUCCUCAAGUUCUCACUAGAUGUCUGCGAGGCCAUGGAAUACCUGGAGGGCAACAACUUCGUGCACCGGGACCUGGCAGCCCGCAACGUGCUGGUGUCCGAGGACAACGUGGCCAAGGUCAGCGACUUCGGCCUCACCAAGGAAGCUUCCAGCACCCAGGACACGGGCAAGCUGCCAGUCAAGUGGACAGCCCCCGAGGCCCUGAGAGAGAAGAAAUUCUCCACCAAGUCUGACGUGUGGAGUUUUGGGAUCCUCCUCUGGGAAAUCUACUCUUUCGGGCGAGUGCCUUAUCCGAGAAUUCCCCUGAAGGACGUUGUCCCGCGGGUGGAGAAGGGCUACAAGAUGGACGCCCCCGAUGGCUGCCCACCUGCAGUCUACGAGGUCAUGAAGGACUGCUGGCACCUGGACGCCGCCGUGCGGCCCUCCUUCCUGCAGCUCCGUGAGCAGCUGGAGCACAUCAAAACCCACGAGCUGCACCUGUGACUGCCGGCCUCCGCCCAGGUCGCGGGCCUGUGGGGACUGAACCCAGAGAGAUUGCGGACCUGGUGCCCCACUCGCUGGGCCCAAACCCGAACUGAGCCCAGCAGGACCGUGGGCCUCUUUUCUCUGUCGCAGCCUGCGCCCCUUCUGGCCCCCGGAGACCCCGCCUAGGCCUGGCACCUUCUCUCAUGGACCCACCUGUGGGGCUUUGGGAACCCCGCCCAAGGGCCAAGAAGGGAGGAGGCUGAGGAGCCCUACUGGGGUCAGGCUCCCCCUGGCCUCCCAUAUCUCGCCUUCUUAGAGUUUUAUCCCUUUCCUUUUUUGAGAUUUUUUUCCGUGUGUUUAUUUUUUAUUAUUUUUCAAGAUAAGGAGAAAGAAAGUACCCAGCAAAUGGGCAUUUUACAAGAAGUACGAAUCUUAUUUUUCCUGUCCUGCCCACAAGGGUUGGGGAGACCAGGCCCCUCUCUAGGGACCCAUCGCCCCAGCCUCGUUCCCCACCCCGUGUUCCUUGUCCGUGUUGCCUCGGUCGCCCCGUGUCUGCGCUUGACCAUGUUGCACUGUUUGCAUGCGCCCGAGGCAGACGUCUGUCGGGGGCUUGGAGUCCGUGUGCCGCUGCCGCCCGCCCACCCACCUGCCUUGUGAGAUGGAAUCGUAAUAAACCACUCCAUGAGGACCCCGCC